AUGCCCAAGCCAUCCUGUGGCAGAGCCCUGGUGAGGGGUGGCAGGCGUCAUGUCCCAUGUCGCAAAGGUGGCAAGAAGAAGCCCCUGAUGCAGCACAAGAAGCAGGCCAAGGAAAUGGAUGAGGAAGAUAAGGCAUUCAAGCAGAAACAGAAGGAGGAGCAGAAGAAACUUGAGGAAUUAAAAGCCAAGGAAGCAGGGAAGGGCCCCCAGGCCACUGGUGGAAUUAAGAAAUCUGGCAAAAAGUAA